AUGGAAGGACCCGGAGCCCCCAUCCUGGACUGGCCAAUCCAGCGCCUUCCUGGGGUUGUGUUCAUCACUGGUGUGACCGGCUUCUUGGGCAAGAUUUUGCUGGAGAAGAUGCUGCGAGACCUGCCCGGCGUCUCCAAGUACUUCGUUCUCAUCCGGCCCAAGAAGGACUGCUCUGCUGAAGAGAGGUUCCAGAAGGAGGUUCUCAGCUCGCCGCUGUUCAACCCGCUUCGCAAGGCACUGGGCGGCGAUCGCGCAUUUGCCGAGCUGGUCAAGGACAAGGUCGAAGUCCUCAAGGGUGACAUCCUCGACGAAGACCUGGGCCUCAGCGCCGAAGAGAUGAAGAAAGUGGUGGAGGAAGUGACAGUGUUCAUCCACUGCGCCGCUACCAUCUCCUUCACGGAGCCACUGCUUGACGCCAUCAACCAGAACGUGGUCGCUGCCCUGCGCGUGCUCAAGAUUGCCAAGAGCGCCAAACGCGUCAAGAUCUUCACGCACGUUUCCACGGCCUACGUCGGCUGCAACAGGACGGGUUUCAUCGAAGAAAAGGCCUACCCGUUCCCGUUCGAGCCCGAGCAACUGCUCAAUCGACUGCUGACGAUGCACCCCAAGGACGUCGAGAAGCAGACCAAGAAGCUCCUCGGCAGAUACCCCAACACCUACACGUUCACGAAGAGCCUGGCUGAGCACAUGUUCCUGAAGAAGCGAGGCAAUCUUCCGCUCGCCAUCUGCCGGCCUGCCAUCAUCAAUGCGGUGAAUCGCGACCCGGUACCCGGCUGGAUUGACACUCUCGCUGCUGCUGGCGGACUUUACGCCGCGUGCGGAUUCGGUAUUCUCAAGUUCCUGCCUGGCCACCUGGAAAAUGCCACCGAUCAGGUGCCUGCCGACUUUGUGGUGAACUGCAUUAUCGCUGCCACGGCCUACAAUGCGGGCAAAGAUCGCUACGCCAUUUACCACAGCGGCACCUCACAUCGCAAUCCGCUCAGGUGGUCCCACAUUGUCAAGUGUCUUCUGCCCUACUGGCUCAUGAAUCCGCCCAAGCGCAUGCUAGGACGUCCGUCGUUCCAGUUCAUCUCCGGGCCGUACCCCAUGUACGAGAUCACCUACUUCCUCAAAUGGACUGUGCCGGCCAUGAUCUACCAAUUGCUGGCGCGCACCGUGGGAGACAAGAAGGUGAGGAAGAACGCCAAAAUGCUGGACCAAAUCGAUAAGCGGCUGACCAAGUUCACCGAGACCUUCCGCCACUUCACCGAAAAUGUGUGGAUCUUCGCGGUGGAUAACUCAGACGAGCUGCUGCAGAGCAUGACUCCCGACGAGAAGGAGGUGUUCAAUUUCGAUGCCUCCAAGCUGGACUGGGAAGACUACCUCAUGCGCUAUGCCUAUGGCCUUCGCACCUACGCUCUCAAUGAGAAAGGUCUGAGGCCGCCGAAGAAGGGCGACUACCUGGUCUAUAGCGGGCUGUCGUUGACCAGGAAGCCCUUCGCCGAUAUUAUGUUCGCGAUGAAGUCCAACUUGAUCGUGAACAACGCAGGCAUCUCCCGCACUGGCGAGCAGCUCAAGCUGCUCGUGCUGUCGUCUCCUCGAGUGCAACGGGCCAUCGCCCGUGAGGUAUCAACAAAGCAGGUGUCCAUCCAGGUUGCCGAGUCACGAGCCAAGAAUAUUUUGGAGGUCAUGGGUGCCGAAGCCUCGCCUGCCGUACUCCGCUCGCUCGCCUGGGCGUUCAGAAAGAUUUACCGGCGAUUGUAUUCGGGAGUGGUAAUCAACCAAGUGGGUCUGGAAGCCGUCAAGGAGCUGUUUGGCACCACGCUCAAGAAGGAAAAGUCGGCCGUAGUUCUCAUUCCGUCGCAUCGAAGCUACAUCGACUUCCUGAUCGUGUCCUACAUAUUCUACUCCUUCCAACUGCCUGUCCCGCACAUCGCCGCCGGCGACGACUUCCUGAAUAUGCUCCUCGUUCGGUGGAUCUUCAGGCACAGCGGUGCCUUCUUCAUGCGGAGGUCGCUUGGCGAGGACGAGCUGUACCGUGAGAUCUUCACUGAAUACACCCAGCGCCUACUCCUCGAUGGGUACCCCGUGGAGUUCUUCAUCGAGGGCACGCGCAGCAGGUCGGGCAAGAUGAUCCAGCCCAAGAUGGGUCUCCUCUCGAUCAUCACCGAUCCCUUCUUUGAGGAGAUGCUCAAGCCCAACCGUUCGACCAGGAACGCCGGAAGCGCCAAGAAGCAAACGCUGGAGGACGUGCACUUCGUCCCGAUCGGUGUCUCCUACGAAAAGGUGGUGGAGGAGAGCCAGCACGUGAAGGAGCUCAUGGGCGAGAGUAAGCAGAAACCCUCCCUUCGCGCCCUGCUCGCUGCCGCCCAUUGGUUCGGAAACCCCAUUUCUCUGCGGUCGUUCAUGAGCCAGGAGGUGGCCACCAACCCCGACAAGCGCGCUCUGGGUCCCCAUGGGGACUGCCCUCCCCUCCCCUUCGACAUCUAUUCCCUGCCCGGUCUUCCCACCGCCGUACCGGCCAAGGUCGACGCCGCCGGCCCUAGUCCGUCGGAGAGCCAAGUCGCCGUCAGACCCGAAGCGGAACCCUACAAUCCCUGGACCAACAAGAACCACCGCAGGAUUGCCAUCAACAAUCUGGCCUUCAAGAUCUGCCAGGAAAUCGAAGCCAAUAUCGUGUCGAUGUCGACCGGCAUUGUGGCCGCGCUGGUGCUGACCCAAAGGAACGGUAUCAAGGUCGAAGACCUCAUCGAGAAGUUCUCCUGGCUCAAGGAACUCAUCAUCGCCAAGGGCGGCUGGAACGACCCCAUUCUGCACCCGGUGAACUACGUGGUGACGCGGGCCAUCAGGCUCCUGCAGCCCCUGAUCAUUGAGCGCAACCGGCGCCUGGAACCGAACUACAUCACCAUCCAGGAUCAGCGCAACUGGGUACAUCUGGGCUACUACCGCAACCAAAUCGUGCACCUGUUCAAGGAUGAGUGCAUCAUGGCCGUGGCACUCUACUCCUUCGGGCGCUCGACCGUCAUCGGUGACGCUGGUGCGGGACAAGUGGGCGUCAGGAAGGACGAGCUCUUCGCGCGGAUCGCAUUCCUCUGCAGCCUGCUCAAGUUCGAGUUCAUUCCCACAGGCAAGGAGGACUACGAACAGCUGCUGGGCUGGUUCAUCGAGAAGGGCCUCUUCCAGAGCAAGACCUCUGCCGAUCACCAGCACUCUCUCAUUUUUGUGCCGCCCCACGGCGAACGGUACUUCACGUUCCUGUGCCUGCUCUUCUGGCCGUUCAUCGACAGCUACUGGCUGGCUUCCCUCGCCCUCUUCUCUGCGCUCCACGACCGCACCGUGCAGGGCACCACUCUGAUCGACAACGCACAGUGGUUCGCCGACCAUCUCUUCAAGAGCGGAGUGCUUCAGCACUUUGACGCCAACAGCAAGGACACCUUCCAUAAUGCCUUCACCGUGUUCAAGCACUGGGGCAUCCUCAAGGCCCGAGGCGAGAGAUACACCAGCGGACGCGAGGUGUUGCUGCACUUGUCGCCCUACUGGCAGGAGGAGAAGGCGCUCGACGCCCUCGUACACCACAUCGGCUCCUUCAGGCGUGAACCCCUCCGGCAAGGGGUGCUCGACCGGAAAGCUCUGCUGGCGGACUUCCCCGUCGUGGCCAGGCUCUAG